GCUCUCGUCACUGGCUGUUUCUCUCCACUGCGCUCGGCGCAGCUAGCAACCCACACAUACUUGAAGUUUGGGCCGGCCGAGUUGUAGGCAGAAUGGCUAUCUCGCUCGCACCUGUGAAGCGUCUUCAAAUCCCUCGACUAUACACGCUUCUACGAUGGCUCUUUCUGAUAGUUAUUGCCAUCAGCACUGCGCUCGUGGGCUUCUUCCAGAGUAUGCUUGUGUCCAGCCUCUACGGACUACGCAGUCAGUUCAUCUUCUCCAUCGUGCUGCUGAACGAGAACGAGUUCGUCAAGUUCUUGCAGUACACGGCUUUUAACCUGCUCUUAGCAUGGGGCUGCUGCUUCUUCAUGUGGAUUAUCUCCCCUGCGGCCUCGGGGUCGGGCAUCCCUGAUGUGAAGGCCUACCUGAACGGCGUGGAGAGCCCCAUCUUCAAAAACUUCUUCACUAUUAAGACCUUUGUUGCCAAGGUGAUUUCCAGUGCUCUGGCUGUCUCUUCUAGUAUGGUCGUGGGCAAGGAGGGCCCCAUGCUUCAUGCCGGAUCAAUUUUGGCGGUGGUCAUGGGCAGCAACAAGUGGAUGCAGCAGCAGAUGGAGGUGGCGGCGCACUGGGGCACCUACACCUACAACAAGGAGCAACGCGAUCUGGUGGCCAUUGGCGCGGCAUGCGGAGUCACCACCGCCUUCAAGGCGCCGGUGGGCGGUGUGCUGUUUGCCAUGGAGAUGUCCACCCGCUGGGGCAAGGAGAUCAUGUGGCGCUGCUUCCUGGCCUGCGCCAUCACCAUCGUGGUGGUGCGCGAGGCCGUCACCAUCUGCUCCACGGCCGGCCACUGCAAGAGCCUGCAGUGGGGCUCGCUCAUCUGGUUCAAGAUCACCUUCCCCACGCCGUACGAGCAGGUGUGGGCCAUCAUCCUGCUGGCUGUGGUGGGCGGCUACCUGGGCUGCCUCUACAUCUCCUUCAACACCUGGGUGUGUGUGGUCCGCAAGAAGUGGACCAAGUUCAUGUGGGCACGCAUCGCCGAGGUGUGCGCCAUCAGCGUCGCCACCUCCAUCGUGUUCUUCUUCAUGCCGGUGGCGGGCCGCUGCAGGAGCUGCGACUCCAAGUCAGACGACCAGUGCCUCACAGGCGGCGCUCAGUUCAAGACGUUCCAGGGCUUCCACUGCCACACCGACCACCACUACAACGACCUGGCCACACUGGUGUUCAACCCGCAGGGCUACGUGAUCCAGGCCCUGUUCCAGGCGCACAGCGGCACCUUCUCCUUCACCUCCAUGCUGCUGUACGGCGUGCUGUAUUGGCUCAUGGCCGGCAUCACCUACGGCGCCUUCAUCCCCUCGGGCCUGUUCACGCCCUCGCUCAUCUUCGGCGGCCUGCUGGGCCGCAUGUGGGCCGAGGUGCUUGUGGCCAUGCACGUGGCGGACGAGCGCGCGGUGGGCUUCUACGCGCUGCUGGGCGCCGCGGCCUUCCUGGGCGGCCUCAUGCGCAUGUCGGCGGCGCAGGCGCUCAUCCUCAUGGAGAUGACCUCCAGCCCGCAGAUGCUGCCCUUCCUCAUGCUGGUGCUGGUGAUCAGCAAGAACGUGGGCGACUGCUUCAACUACGGCGUGUUCGAGCACCAGAUGAUGCUCAAGAACCUGGCGUUCGUGGGCCUGGCCGAGUCCAACUCCAAAAAGUUCCACAUCAACGCCUCAGACAUCAUGAAGCGCAACGACGACAAGGGCGACACGCUGUACAUCACGGAGCCGGGCUGUGUGCUGGCUGAGGCGCUGGACACCUUCCGCGACAACGCCGCCUUCCCCGUCACCACACACCCACUGGAGCCGGACGAGAAGGGCGGCAAGGGCAACUUCGUGGGCAUGAUCAGCCGCCGCAACGUGGCGGAGCUGAUUGACAGCCACGGCGUGGAGGCGGAGUGCAUCGACCUGGCGCCCAAGGUGGAGGUGGCGCCCAUCAUCAUCCCGCCCAACAUGCCGCUGCCCUUCAUCUACAGGAUUGUGAACGCCGAGGGCUUCAACUACGUGCCGGUGGUGCGCUGGAACGGGCCGCUGGAGGGCAUCGUGAGCCGCGCGGACCUGGUGGAGGUGCAGAACGAGCAGCUGGACAGGUUCCACCUGAAGGAGCAGCUGGAGAAGAUGGCGCACGAGAUCGACCAGGGCAAGAUCAUUGGCUCCAUGCACCUUGACAACAACAUCCACGCGCAGGCGUUCAAGCACAUCUUCUCCAACCCAGUGGCGGCGGUGCGCGAGGUGCUAGACAAGGACGACAAGCCCAUGCAGGUGGACGACACCUACUACCUGGGCGCCUCGGUGGACGAGCGCGACCGCUCCUACGCCUCAGCGCUGGCGGUGCGCCCCAGCCACGACAUCUCCCACCGCACCCGCUUCAGCUCGCGAUCCGUGGACACCUCAGGCGGCCACGCAGCCACGCCAAGCUCGCGGCUGGGGGCAUCCGCGCACGGCGCGCAGGGGGGCCAGGGUGAGGCGAGGGAGGCGGCAGCGGCGGUGAAUGGUGGCGUGUCCCUCGGGGCAAGCUCGCACCCCGGCUCAGUGACGCCGCUGGCAGGGCCUGGUAUCGGGGCUGCGGAUGUAGAGAUGGGCGCGAGCGGCGUGGCGGCGGGCGGCGUGGGUGGCGGCAUGGAGGACGAGCGUGCGCCGCUGACCGGCGGCCUGCCCCCGUCAUCCGGUCGGCCAUGAGCCGCACCAUAGGCCGCAGCAAGCGGCGGCGGUGCGCCGCCCACAGCCCUGGAUGGGGGGUGGGAGGGGCACGCGGCCCGUCGGUGAGCGCGGGCGGCCAGCUGUGGCGGCCUGCGUGUACAGGCCUACGGCUAUCCACGCGUUAUGGUGUAGAAGGUAUUUAAUGAGUGGUAGGAUGUGCCCCAGGUGUGAAACCAUGCGGCAACAGCGACGUGCAGAUGCAGAGUGGAAGGCGAUGCAGGGUACCGGGCACGAAGGCCUGUGUCUCGUUGCGACUUGAAAGCAAAAGGGAGGGGGCUCCGACUCAAGCACUCCGGAGGGUGAGGUUGAAUCGGAAGGAUGUGCAAGGCCGGGCCACUGUGAAAUAAUGAGUGCCGGUGUAGCGCCAAGGCGCUGCCGUUGUUGGUUGAACUAAUGACCGGCAUCAAAGCUACCAAGGUCGACACGUGGAUCGACUCUGCGAGGAAUGGCCGUGUGGGGAAUGCCCCGUUUCCGCUAAGUCCGAACACCUCCCUAGCCUAGCAAACUAAAAGCAGUCUUUGGCAAUGUGUAUGUGAUGCGGCGGCGUAUGGGUGAGGGUGAGCGAGUGCCUUUGGAAACAGGGACGGGGGAUUUCGCAGAAACGGCGUGGGUUUUGACAUGCCCGUGCGAUUGCGAGUCACCUCCCAGACCUGAAACUAUAUGAUAAUAUGAGGUGAUAUAUGGAUCUGUCAUUCAUAAC